GUUGGAAGGCUGCGCUGUGUGGCUGCGGAGGUCAUUGCACCGGAGAGAAGAAGAAGAAGAAGAAGAAGAAAAAAAAAAACAGACUCCCUCCGCUACAGCGCCUCCAUUUUGAAUAGCCAUGUAAUAGGGGAUUGGCAUAGUUAGCGUGUACGCGUGUGAGUGUCCGUGCGCGGCUGUCGCCCCGCUGAGCUGCGUAGUGUCAACAAGCCACAGCCAAACACCCGUCGACAUGGACGACCUGUUCAGCCCGCGGAGGAGCUUGAACAGCACUCAAGGCGAGAUAAGAGUGGGACCAAGUCAUCAGGCAAGGCUUCCUGAGCUGCAGCCUCGACCCACGCCAACUUCCCAAACUCAGACGGAGAAUGAGGAGCUUAUGUGGACACCUGGCGUCAAUGACUGUGACCUUCUCAUGUACCUGAGAGCUGCCAGGAGCAUGGCAGCAUUUGCAGGUAUGUGUGAUGGAGGAUCCACGGAGGAUGGAUGUUUAGCAGCCUCUCGUGACGAUACCACGCUCAACGCUCUCAACAUGUUGCAUGCAAGUCAUUACGAUGCCGCAAAAGCUCUCCAGCGUCUGGUGAAGAAGCCUCUGCCCAGGCUUAUUGAGAAGUGCUGGUCUGAGGAUGAUGUGAAACGCUUCAUCAAAGGCCUCAGACAGUAUGGAAAGAAUUUUUUCCGGAUUCGAAAAGACUUUUUGCCUAGCAAAAAGACUGGAGAGCUGAUCACGUUCUAUUAUCACUGGAAAAAAACUCCCGAGGCUGCAGGAACGCGAGCUUAUCGACAACAACGCAGGCAGCCGUCGUCUCGAAAGGCAAAGACUCGCUCUGUCGCUGCUCCUGUGAGCGCUCCAUCUCGAAAUUACUCAGUUGAUGCAAGUUCAGCCAGUGAGGACGAACUUGACAGUGAAGAUAGCGAACAGGAAGUUAAGAGCUGCAGCCACUGCGGUACAACACGUUCUAAGGAUUGGCACCAAGGAGGAAGAUACAACCCUUUGCUUUGCACAACCUGCCGCACUUACGAAAACAAGCAUGGCUGUCUGCCAGCGGCACAGAAGUCUACAGGCACGUCAUUCAUGUUUAAACCUGUGAAAGAGGAAGAGGAAGGGAACAGUAAACAUGGCAUGAGGACACGGCGAAGCAGAGCACCUCAGUUGUCAUCUUUAAGAAGCGGCCACAGGAGACUCACUGGCUCUCCCACUAGCGAGGAUCAGCAGUCCACGACCCAGAACUCCCAGACUGCGACUCGAGCAUCUACAACGGACAACAAGAAUGACUCCACGAAGAAGAAUAACAAGAAGGUGAAAGAGGAGGCAGCCACACCAAAGACGAUGAAACGUGUCAGGGAGAGUCCUCCUCAGGAGGCUAACGAGGCUGAAAAAGUCAAACCUAAGCGGUCAAAGACUCAGGAGCCGCCAGAUUCACGUUCUGAGGUGGAGGCCGAGGUGGAGGAGGAAAGCUCCUCAGAAAGCCGCAGUGCUCAGGAGGAUGGCAGCAGUGACACCAAAGACAUUGAUCAGGACAACCGCAGCUCCUCCCCCAGCAUUCCCAGCCCUCAGCAGGGUAACGAGAGCGACUCCGACUCUUCUGCCCAACCGAGCGCUGUCCCCCCAGAGCCCGCAGCCCCGCCGACCGUCCAGGCUGACACAACGGUCCCGCAGGCCCCUCCCUCUCAGGGCCCAGCUGUCAUGCCACCGCAAAGCGCUGCCUCUUCUGGCCCUCCUCCUAGCCCGUCCCCUCCAUCUCCAGACCCGCCUCAGCCAGCUGCUACAGAGUCCGCUGCCAAUUUGAGCCAGAGCGGCCGCCCGCCGCCCGCUCCUCAUUCUCUCUGUGGUGUACCACCACUUCCACCCACAGCGGGGCAGGACUCUCCUCUCUCAUCUGCAUUUCAGGUGCCGCCUGCUCUCAGCUCAGUGUCCUCCCAGCUGCCACCAACCCAGAGACCCCCGCCCUUCUUUCGGGAGUCACAGCUGUCCCAACCUCUUCUUUCUUGCCCCCAAAUCAAGCCGCCUCCGACCACCCCAAUUCAACCUUCCCACAAACAGAUACCACACCAGCCUGCUCCACCCUUCCCCCAGAUGCCCUCCAACCUUCCACCUCCACCUGCUCUAAAGCCCCUCAACUCUCUGCCCAAUCAGCAUCCUCCAGGCGCACCCCCUCCACCUCUCCAGCUCAUGCCGCAGCCUUCGCCUGUGCAGACGCUUUCCGGCCAGCUUCCGGUGAUUUCUCAGGCGCCGACUCACCCUGGAAAGAGUACAAGUUCCCCUCAUCCAUCUGGCGCUUCCUCGCAGCCUCUCGCCUCCGCUGCGUCAGCCUCAGUCGGCCCUGUCCCCAGCUUGCAGCCGUCCUUCCCUCCUGUUGGGCUGAGACCAUCGCCGAGCGCCACAGUGGGACCGCCUCAAAUUAAAAUAAAAGAGGAGCCGCUGGAUGAGAUGGAGGAAGCCAGGAGCCCGCAGUCUCCACCUCGCAGCCCUUCGCCAGAUCCUACUGUCAUCAACAUGGCGAGUCACGCCAGCCAGUCUGCACGGUUCAUCAAACACCUGGAUCGCGGCUACAACUCCUGCUCUCGGACAGACCUGUUCUUCACGCCGCUCUCCUGCUCCAAGCUGGCCAAGAAAAGGGAAGAGGCGCUAGAGAAGUGUCGGAGAGAGGCGGAGCUCAGCGCUAGGCAGGAGCGUGAACGGGAGAAGGAUCGGGAGCGAGAAAGGGAGGCAGAGAGAAACGCUCGAGCAUCCAGCUCCUCCCACGACAGUCGCAUGAGUGAGGUUCAGGUGGCCGCUCACGGGCGCCCCGUGUACGAGCAGCCGCCAACCACCGUCGCUGCCGUGCCCCCCUACAUCGGCCCCGAUACGCCUGCCCUCCGCACCCUGAGCGAAUACGCCCGACCCCAUGUCAUGUCCCCCACCAACCGCAACCACCCGUUCUAUGUGUCUCUGAGUCCCGGGGACUCCAUGCUGGCCUACCACAUGCCCGGCCUGUACAGUGCUGAGCACAGCCUGAGAGAGCGUGAGCUGAGGAACUUCCGAGAGAGGGAGCUCCGUGAGAGGAUGAAGCCGGGCUUUGAGGUCAAGCCCCCUGACCUGGAAACCUUACACCCCUCAGCCAACCCCAUGGAGCACUAUGUCAGGCACGGGGCCCUGGCUCUGCCCCACAUACCCGGACCUCCUCACCACUUCGCACCCUUUCACCCGGGGCUCAACCAUCUGGAGCGAGAGAGGAUGGUGCUGGCCGGUACUCAGCUGCGUCCGGAGCUGAGCUACGCUGAGCGCCUCACUGCGGAGCGGCUGCACGCUGAAAGGAUGGCCUCCAUGGCGCCGGAUCCCGCAGCGAGGCUGCAGAUGCUCAACGUGACGCCGCAUCAUCACCAACACUCGCACAUCCACUCUCACCUCCACCUGCACCAACAGGAUCCCCUCGGUCAAGGUUCAAGCCCUGGUCCUCUGGUGGACCCGCUGGCAAACGGACCCCGUCUGGCCCGCUUCCCCUUCCCCGGAGGCCCCAUCCCCAACCCUUUGCUGGCUGAUCUUCCACAUGACCACGAGAUGCUGCGCCACCCUCUGUUUGGGGCUGCAUAUCCCCGAGAGCUACAGGGUCCGAUUCCUCAGAUGUCAGCCGCACACCAUCUCCAGGCCAUGCAUGUUCAGUCUGCAGAGCUGCAGAGGAUGGCCAUGGAGCAGCAGUGGCUGCACGGACAUCACCUGCAUGGAGGCCCCCUGCCCAGCCAGGAAGAUUAUUACAACCGUCUGAAGAAAGAAGGUGACAAGCCAUCGUGAGGUCCAUGUGGCGCUUCAUCUAAAAGCCUGUACUUAACACCCAGUAGAAUACUGUAAGAAUAUUUGUGUCUUUGUUUUGAUAUAUUUUACAACAUAUUUGUGUAUCGAUGUGCGCAUUCCUUCUUCAGCACUUCACAGGCCUGCUAAGGAUUUCUCAAGACUUUAUGCUUGUUUUAUGAACAAUCUCACGCAUUCACGUGAGAUUUAAAAAAAUGAUGGACUUUCACAAACUUACUGUUUAACAGUUAUAUAUGCAACAUAGAACUUUGCUAAAACACAGCCCUUACAAGAUUUGGAAACCGACUUUGGCGUGACCUUAAAAUAUAUUAUCGUGUAUAAAUGAUGAUUCCUUGUACAAAGUUGCAUAUAAACCAGUGUUUGAAUGAGUGUUAACCGAGCAUGACUCAAACUAGAGUAGCAAGUGGCAUAGUCUUGUUUAGACUUUAAACAAAUUGUAGAGGUUGGUUUUACUCUAAUUCUGCUAAAUAUUUGUCUAAAUCCUAAAGUUUUAUAUAUCAAGAUAUCUUUUCACAGUAUGACCUAAGCUUUAUUCACUCCUUUUUGAGCCUGUAAAUAUUAAAUGUUCACAAUAUUCUAUAUGAAUGAGUACCAUUAGUUGUAGAUGUAACCCUUGGUUAAGCAGGAAACCUUAAGCUGUAACACUAUAUAAUAUUAUAAUUGAUAUAAUUAUAAAUUUGAACGGGAUCUGUGUCCACAGGUAUUUUGUGGAUUAAUACAUUUACAUCUAUUUGAUACAUGUGAUUGGAGAUAAACUAAAUAUUGACAAUUAACUGCCUUGAAAUUUCACAUUUAUGUGUAUCCAGUAAAGUGUGUCCAUUGCAUAUUUAA